AUGCCGCUUCCACCAAUCGAUCCGCCGCUGCUAAACUCAGCCAACCCGUGGUGCAGCACGCGAGAAGACCUCGAAGCACUCUACGCAUGUCUACAUACAGGCGCCGUGACAACAAGGACCAGCCUGCUCCUCGGCUUCCCCCACGACGACGCCAUCCACCAACACGCUUUCUUCUCAACACAAUCGCACACGGCCACAACAGCGCCAGACUACACCAUCACCGGGAAAGAGUACCCAGCCAGUCUCAACACACUCGGCUACUCGCCCACGCCCAUAGACACCUACCUCGAUUGGAUUGAGCAAAUCGUUGCCGCUUCCCGAGAUACGAGACCCAAACCGUUCAUCGUCUCUGUUACAGGAUCUCCACAAGAGGUUGCAGAGUGUUAUACCCGAGUCGCUGCACUUGCUGCCCGUGUCUUAGCGCCGCUCGCCGUCGAAGUGAAUUUGAGUUGCCCAAACAUCGCGAACAAGCCACCGCCAGCUUAUUCUGGUUCCGCCCUGAAAGAGUAUAUUGAUGCCUUGAAGAACGUCCCGCGCACAGUGCCGUUGGGAUUCAAGACACCGCCAUACACAUACGCCGGUCAGUUCAACACGCUGAUAGACACCUUGUACGCAAGUGGAAAGUCAACAAUUGAUUUCAUAACUGCGACAAAUACUCUGGGCUCUUGCCUUGUACUCGAUAACAAGAAACCCCAUCAGGGGCAGCCUUUGCUUCCCUCGGCAGCAGGUACUGGUAUUGGAGGACUCGCAGGUGAACCCUUACAUUCGCUAGCUCUGGGUAACGUCGCCACGCUACGCCGGUUGCUCGAUGAGCAUCCCGAGUUACGUGAUAUCGAUAUCAUCGGGGUCGGCGGUGUCAGUGAUGCGGCUGGACUAUCACGUAUGCAGGCUGUGGGAGCCAAAGUCGUGGCCGUAGGCACAGCUCUGGGAAGAGAAGGCUUGCCAGUGUUUGCUAAGAUUCUGAACGGCACAAAGACCUCGAAGUUGUGA